GCAGGAUUCAAAAGGACGCCACAAAAGUUUCCGAUACUGAGCCUCUUUCUCGAGAUAGAGCGCUGAGUAAGCAACCGUUAACUAGAUCCGGAGAUCGGGCAAGAUCAAUUGGACCCUUGUCCCGCACCCACGUCAUUGGGCGGAAGCAGCUAUCACUUGGGGUGGCACCACCACGGCGGAAGGCAUCGUGAGGAACGUGGGGCUCCAAAGCUUCAAUGUCAGAUAUUUUCACUCAUCACCUAUGACUAGGUACCCAGUGAAAGCAAACACGUACAAGGUCCUUACCAAUUCAGGAAUUGACAAAAGAUAAUUGUAUUAAAGUCCAUUCUAAUUACUUGACUCCAAAGUUGAAUUUAUUCCGGCCUUUCAAAACAAAGAAAAGAAAGAGCCUGACUCAUUGUCCUGUCCCCUUUCGUCUCAGCCCAGGUUUCAUGAAUCUAUCGCUACAGCGGGCUGUCGCAAAUACAUCAACAUCAACUCGACAAUUCACCAGCCCACGUGCGCUAUUUAUCAGAAGUUGUUUUUCAUUCGCCGUUCAGCACAUACAAGCUCCUCAUUCUCAUAAUCGUAGCUUCAGCAAAUACCAGCAGCACCGCCAGCAAGGUAUCCAAUUAUCCCUCAGUAGUCGAGUUGCUACAUUCUCAACCUCCACCCAGCGGAACAAAGAAAAGACAACAGCAGCCAUGGCCUCAGCACCACCACCCCCAACCUCUGCCACCGACCUCAUCGAGUCCGCCAAGCGCGCCGCCUGCCGGCAAGCCGUAGCGGACCACUUCAACCCAUCAUUCGCCUACGUCGGGAUCGGCAGCGGCAGCACCGUCGCCUACGUCGUCGAAGCAAUCGCCGAGCUCGGGGCCCCCGUGACCUCGAAGAUGAAGUUCGUUCCCACAGGCUCGGGCUCCACCUCUCUAAUCCGCAACGCGGGCCUCAGCGUGCUGCAGGUACCCGACCUGCUCCUCGAGGUGGGGUUUGACCCGAAGUCGCCGGACCACCAGCCGAUCGACAUCUACUUCGACGGGGCGGACGAGGUGGACGCGGAGCUGAACUGCAUCAAGGGCGGGGGCGCGUGCCACUUCCAGGAGAAGCUCGUGUCUCGCCUGUCGAAGCAGUUCAUCUGCGUGGCCGACAGCCGCAAGAAGGCGGGGCGGCUGCUGACGAACUGGGCGUACGUGCCCGUCGAGGUGUCGCCGAUGGGCGCCGAGUACGUGCGGCGCGAGCUGCUGCGGCUCGGCAGCACGAACCCCAAGAUCCGGCAGUCCGGUCCUACUUUUACCAACGCCAUCACGGACAACCACAACCACAUCAUCGACGCGCCGUUCCCGACGCUGCUGCUGAACAGCGAGGCCGACAAGCUCGACCCGGCCAACGGCGUCUGGACGCCGGAUGCGCUGCUCAAGCGGAUCAAGAGCAUCUUUGGCGUUCUCGAGGUCGGCAUAUUCUCGGGUCUGAACGGGCCCCAAGUCGCGCAGCUGGACACGGAUGUGGAAGGGGUGAAGCCUGUGAAGGCGUAUUUUGGGAGAUCCGAUGGGCAGGUAGAGACAUUGGGUUGAAUAUCGAAGAGGUUGGUCGGUGAUACUCUACCUAUUAAUACAUCUAGAGGAAUAAAAAAUUAGACGACGAGGCCAUAUUGUUCUACGACUGUUCGUAUAAGAUAUAGGUACCUAGACACGACAAUAUAUGACGCUCAUCACACAACUCAUUUUAGGGAGCA